AUGGCAUCAUCCAUUGAGGAUUUCAAUCUGGACGACGAGAUGGGAGACUGGAUCUUUGCCAUCUUUCCCCAUGUCGGUGACGACGAGGGCAACGACGCUUCCAGCGAUUCUAACAGCAGCAGCAGCUCGUCAGCAACAUCUCGAAGCCGAGCCAGCAGCACGUCGACCACCGACGCCGCUACCGUUGACAGGCACAGCAACCCUCCCGGUCAACAUACUUUCCAGGACUUCUGCCCACCGUGGCCAGAUUACCCUGCCAUGAUGCGAGUCCUGAUGGCUGUACUCUGCGAACGCGAUCAGCGAUGCCCAGGCUCUGAAGGGUCGAGUUAUGAAGACCCGAGACUUCAAGACAGGCAGCCAGUAGAUAUGGGCCCUGGAGACUGGGUCAAUGCGUGGAGCUCACGGGAUAGGGGCAUCCACGAAAUCGUGUGGACCGAGUCCGAAAGCCCCAGACAGCACGACCUUGACCCUGUCCACUCGCCUGUUGACCAGCCGGCAGACCCCGUCGGUAACGGAAGUGAGGACGAUGUCAAAGAAGCCCCCGUCAUCAAAGCUCCGAGCCAUCCCGAGACCGUUUCCGACAACGACACCCCUGGUAGGUCUCACAACAGCGCCCAGAUCUACUCGCCAGGGCGCCUUGGGCAUACUCAACACAUCGGAUUGUUUGCUUCCAUUGAGCCACUUGCCAAUCAAGACCAAAGCAACAAGACCGGCCACGAGACGAGCAAGAAGCGAAAAGUAUCCCUCGAAGAGAUCACCACCCCAGAGCCGAGAAAAACGCAAAAGAGAAAAAAGCUGGCGCACGUCGAGACAAGCCCAUCCGAGUCAGCGAGCCCGUUCUCGCCCAUCACCAACAGAAUAACAUUACCUACCAGUGUUUAUAGUCCCUCAAGCCACCUCCUGCUUGAGGAGAAUCACUUGAUCGGAAUGACAAACUCGAGAACGCAUUUUGAGCCGCGACGGAGAGGAAGCCCCGUGCACGACUCCUCCCUUGAUGCCCAAGACUACAAGCAGGACUCAUCGCACGCUCAGAAAGCCCAGGUCACGCCGCGACAGCACCUCGAUCAGUCCAAUAUCCUCCCGUGUUCUGGUCCCCCGCCGCAAGAAGGGAAGCACAAGAGGGGGAAGCAUAAGACCCAAGUUUCGUCUCGAGCAUUUGGAAACUGCCAUAUCGGCGGUUCUUCGAAUACCCAAAAAUCAUGUUUCCCUCUGCAGGUCAAGUCGCGCAAGCAACUGUGGCUCAAAAAGCCUCGAUACUUGUUAGGCAGUAGCCCAACGAGAAGAAAUUUCACAGGUUGCCUGGCUCAGCUUCAGCAAACGGACAAGUCGUUUCUCGGAGUUACUGAUGCGUGUUGCUAUCUCCAAGCUCCUCACGACAGUAAAGCAACAGGCCAGUAUCUCUCGCCGAGAACCUUGGUUGUUGGCCCGAACAGCGGUUGA